AUGACUAAAUUCAGACCUUGCAUUGACCUGCACUCGGGGCAGGUCAAACAGAUUGUUGGCGGUACCCUCAGCGAUGUGGCUGAGGAUCUCAAGACCAACUACGUAUCCAAGCUUCCGGCCAGCCACUAUGCGGAUUUAUACCAGAGGCACAAUCUGCGUGGAGGACAUGUGGUGAAGCUUGGCCCGGGCAAUGAUGAGGCAGCGAAAGAGUCAUUGAGUACAUGGAAAAACGGAUUGCAAGUUGCCGGUGGCAUUACCGAUCAGAAUGCCCAAUAUUGGAUUGAUCAAGGUGCAGAGAAGGUUAUCAUCACAUCAUUCCUCUUCCCGUCGGGCAAAUUCUCGCUCGAACGGCUCCAAUCCGUCCUUGCCGCACUGGGUGGUGACAAGUCGAAGCUGGUCUUGGACCUAAGUUGUCGCCGGAAGGAUAACACCUGGUUUGUCGCGAUGGAUCGUUGGCAGACAAUUACCGAGAUGGAAAUCAACGCUGAAUCAAUCGCCUUCCUGGAGCCUUACUGCUCCGAGUUUUUGAUCCACGCCGCAGACGUGGAGGGGUUGCAGCAAGGCGUAGACGAAGAAUUGGUUUCCAGACUGGCCGAAUGGUGCACAAUUCCCGUCACCUAUGCUGGCGGUGCUCGGAGUAUCCAAGAUCUGGAAAAGGUGCAUGUUAGCAGCAAGGGCAAAGUGGAUUUAACCAUUGGAAGUGCCUUGGAUAUCUUUGGUGGAUCCGGAGUGACCUUUGAUGAAUGUAUUGAGUGGAAUAGAAGCCACUAA